CUGACAUGAAUCAUGACCGUCACUUACUACUCACAGGGCUCGGAAUCGGUGCGAUGCUUUUACUUCCAACUCCUUCCACUCUUGCGGCUAAACUCUCUCUUUUUAGAGGCUCUUCCGUCUCCCUCCAUUUCGCUUGUUGCGAUCUACCUUUCGAGAGUCCGAGAGGCCGUAUGCGUGUCAGACCCAGUCAGACCGUCGUGCAGGAUCGGGUCCAACGAAGGUACAGCAGGUGUCGAGAAAUCGUGUCAGAGGAUAUACUUCGCAGUAGAAGAGAAACAGACGAAGUAAAGGAAGAGGACUUUUUUGGUCGAGAGAUCGAGAAGAUUCAAGAGAAGGUUUAUCGACCAUCAACUUGGAGUACAAAUACUUGUGACAAUCAAAAAUCAUGUAUCGUCCGAAUUUCUACGAGAGUUCCUGUUUGCGCUGUCAGCAAACUGUCUACCAGGUCGAUCGAGUCGGCCCUCUCAAGGACUUCACGUUCUUCCACUCAGGAUGUUUCAAGUGCGCGAUAUGCGGAACAAAGCUUACCCUAAAAACAUACUAUAAUAAUCAACAUACGAUCAAUGAUAAGGAGGUUUAUUGCAGUAGCCACGUACCGAAGCCUGGACCAGGAACGCUAGAUGGUUCUAGUGUUGGAAUCAGGAGCGCACUCAACGUACCAAGAAGCGGAUAUGUCAAUGAGCAAAUUAGAGCAGGGGGGUCACCUCGACCUAUAUAUUCACAUUGCUACGACAAUGCGGAUUCGUCGGGUCAUGGGCGCCAAUUAAAUGGCCACGGAAUAACAUCUCCGGGAGGCGGCUCUCAUCGAGAUGGUCACGGCCCCGGAGCCGGCAUCUCUUCGCCCUGUAACCACAACUUUAACACUGAGGGGUGGUAUCAGUAUGGGCGUUUUGACGCUAGUGCACUUCACAUUGCCCAUGCCCUUAAGCAAACUGAGCUACAAAAGGGAUACAGCAAGGCACGUGAAAAGCCCAUUGACUUUUAUUUGGAUAGAGAUGAACAGACACGGUUGGAAAUGAAACACCGCAAAGAGGAGGACGACCUGUACCGUAAGUUCGCCCAUCAUCGAGAGGAGGAGGAUCGUCGAAUACGCGAGGAAUUUCGGGAUGAGUGGGAAAAGGAAUUGGAACAAUUGUCGGAAAAGUGGGAGCGUGAGCGCGGCAACAAGAUUCGCACUCAGCAGUUCCAGCAGGAGAAGGAGGAUCUCGAGAAGAAUAUGACGCUGCGUAGGGAUAAAAAGAAAGAGAGCCUUACUCGCAAGAUGCUUGAGCACGAGAGAGCAGCGACGGCUGCACUAGUAGAAAAGCAGAGCUCGGAGAUGUUGGAGCUCAUAAAUGAGGCGCGUAGUGAGUACAUGCAACAGGAGAGCCUCUAUCUAGAUGAAGGUAUCGACUACAUCCAGGGCGCCCCACCGAGUCCAUAUCCAUGGAGAGCGCCAGCGCCACAUCCGCCUGCUCUCGCCAAGUAUCAAUUAUACAACGAUCCCUUGGAAUUUGCCGACAUCGACCAGAUCGCCAUCUCUGUCGCGCAAGAGGACCAAAAAACCUUCACGGAUCUGGUGCGACAACUGGUGAGCAAGUGCGGCUCGGAUAUUGAGAAAGCGCGCACAAUUUUCCGUUGGAUAACGGUGAAGAAUCUCAACACGAUGCAGUUCGAUGAAAAUCUGAGGGGCGACACGCCUAUGGGCCUCUUGCGUGGUAUCAAACACGGUACCGAGUCCUACCAUGUACUUUUUAAGCGGCUGUGCAGCUACGCAGGGCUUCACUGCGUUGUCAUCAAGGGCUACAGCAAGUCUGCGGGAUACCAACCUGGGGUACGCUUCGAGGAUAAUCGUUUUCGCAACAGUUGGAACGCCGUUUAUGUCGCUGGUUCCUGGAGAUUCGUACAGUGUAACUGGGGAGCGAGGCAUCUCGUUAAUGCUAAAGAGAUGCCACAUCUCGGUCAACCCAAGGAGAAGAGCGACAGUCUCAGAUACGAAUAUGACGAUCACUACUUCCUAACAGACCCUCGUGAAUUCAUAUACGAGUUUUUUCCACUACAAGAGGAGUGGCAACUUCUAAAGCAGCCAAUUUCGCUUAAAGAUUUUGAAGAAUUGCCUUUUGUUCGUUCAUUGUUCUUUAGAUAUGGUCUGUACUUUCCUGACACAAAUACUAAUGCCGUUAUGUAUACUGAUGCGACUGGGGCCGCGACGGUAAGGAUAGCGAUGCCGGCAAAUAUGCAAUCCUCUCUAAUUUUCCAUUAUAAUCUCAAGUUUUACGACAGUGAUGGCGACAAUUACGAUGGCGUCUCCUUAAAGAGAUUUGUUAUGCAAUCGGUGGUGGGUAACUUAGUGGCUUUCCGAGUUCACGCCCCGUGUUCGGGCGCCUUUCUGCUAGAUGUAUUCGCCAAUGCAGUAACUCCGAAAGAGUACCUCACAGGUGAACCCAUGAAGUUCAAGAGUGUGUGCAAGUUCAAGAUAUCGUGUGACGAGCUGCAGACUGUGAUGGUUCCAUUGCCGGAUUGCGCGAGCGGCGAAUGGGGUCCGACCAAAGCCACAAGACUCUUCGGCCUCGUACCGAUCACGCAUCAGGAGGCCCUGGUGUUCGCAAGUCGCGAGCUUGAAAUUCAGUUUCGAAUGUCUCGUUCGCUGACGGACUUCAUGGCUACGCUACAUAAGAACGGUAUCGAGGAGAAACGUCUAUCCAAAUACGUGAGUCAUAUGGUCACGGACGACGAUGUCAUUACAUUCACAAUAAAUUUCCCCGAAGAGGGUCAAUACGGUCUCGAUAUUUACACACGCGAGUCCACCACACCCACACAUCAUACUUCCUCCGGGGAAACCCAUCUUCUUACGCACUGUUGCAAAUAUCUCAUUAAUUCCAGUAAACGAAAUUGAAGGCUAACAAUUUACGUUAAAAAAUCUCGUGAAUUUUAUUCUUUAAUUAAUUUAUAUACAGAAU